AUGUCAGAAGUUAAUUCUCAAUUAAACGCUACUAAGAGGUCCAGCAUAUUUUCAUUCGGCAAUGAAUCAGUGCGAUUAGAAAACGAAAUAAAUCAUUUUACUCGAAAACUUGAACACGAGCGAAGACUAUCUCUUUUACUUGACAAAGACUUGAAAGAAAUAAAGCAAAAUAUCGCAAAUAUCAAAAAAAAUAAAAAUCAAAAAUUCAGCACCAUCAAGGCUCAAGACAAGGUAAAAGCUUUAGAAAUCAGACUUGAAGCCGUAAAUAAGCAACUUGGAGAAGUCAGAAACAAAACCCGAAAGCUUAUAAAUGAAAUUGACUGUAUGAGAAAAAACGCUCAAGGCUACCAUACAGGAAAUUUAAGCGCAAAAAAAGAAUUAGAAAGAGCGCGAUCCCAAAUUAUUGAGACAAACAGAGUAUCUUCUGAGCUACAGAAAACAAUUGAAAAAUAUAAUGAAAAUAUAUUAAGCACACACAGCAAGUUUGAAAGCAACCGGGAUAUUUUAGCCGAAAGCCUCAGCUUAAUGAAAUCUAAUUAUUUAGAAGACAAAAUCGAAGGGACUAAAUUCAGACAAGGCUUCACUGUGAAUUUCGCUCAGCCAAUAGCAGACGCCUCAGAAAUGCAUGGGAUUUAUAAAAAUCAAGCCCAAAAAUGGUCAGAAAAAUGCAAAAAAUUGACUUCGGACAAAGAAAGUAUAAGAUCCAGGGUAUCUGACCUAAAUUCUGCUAUGGAAGAAAUGAAGGCCCAAAGUAAAUUAAGCAGCUCAAAAGACAUAGUCGAUCUUUUUACUACUAGUAUAAAUGAAUAUUCCAAGCUAAGCCACUAUUUCUAUACAAUUUCAGAAGAAAUCUUUGAAGUCAGUGAAAAAGUGAGGCUAAAUAAAGAAAAAGUUGAAGAAAUCAGCAAAGGUUUUCAUGAAGAAAUAAAAAUAGAAGGAAUUGAGACUGGAAAAGAAAAUUUAAAAAAAAUUGGAAAGGAAAAAGAAAGAGCUAAAGAGAAGCUAGGAAAGAUUCGGGGGAAAAUUUAUUUUUUGCCAGAUGGGUUUAGAAUGAUGACUGAAGAGCUUUUAAAGCUAGGGAUAAAUAAUGAAGUGGAGCUUCCUGAUUUAGACGAAGAUACAGUGACUAAGGUGAUGUUUGAAUUAGAAGAAUCAAUAAAUUCGGUUAUGUAUUGAAGGAAAAUAACAAUUGACCAAAAACCUGAGUCUUCGCCAUCUAAAAAAAUUAUUGAUUUUAAUGAAGUGGAUAUAGAGAAACUUAUAGAGGAUGAUUUGCCAAAUGCUCCGAUGACUAUUAAAGAUUUUCAAAUAAAAGCAAUUAAGUCUAUUGAUAAGCUUUCUGAAGGUUCUUAA